AUGGUUGCUUCAAAGUCAAACAUUAGUCUCGCAAAUAGGAGACAAUCGUCUUUUUUCGCACAAUUGCCCCCUGCUCAACCUGAUAUUUACUAUGUUGGUGUUGAUGUAGGUACCGGUUCUGCAAGAGCAUGUCUUAUUGAUACCAAUGGUAUUAUUUUGGGGCUUUCUGAAAAACCAAUCUCAAGACACGAAUUGAAAGCCAACUUUAUUACUCAAAACUCGACUGAAAUAUGGAACGCCAUUUGUUUCUGUGUCAAGAGCUGUCUUAGAGACUCUGGCGUAGACCCACACCAUGUCUUUGGUAUCGGUUUCGAUGCCACUUGUUCAUUGGUGGCUGUGUCUCAAUCUACUGAUGAGCCCGAAUCCGUGGGUCCAGACUGGAGCGAUAACACCGAGAAUAUCAUCUUGUGGAUGGACCACAGAGCCGAGGAAGAGACCAAGGCUAUUAACGCUACUGGUGACAAGUGUCUCAAGUAUGUUGGUGGCCAAAUGUCAAUUGAGAUGGAGUUGCCCAAGAUGAAAUGGUUGAAACACCACAAGCCAGGCGGAAUCAAGGAUUGUAAAUUUUACGACUUGGCCGAUUAUUUAGUACACAAGGCUACUAGCAAGGAGACAAGAUCUUACUGUUCAGUUGUCUGUAAGCAAGGUUUUGUUCCUCUUGGUGUCGAUGGUUCUGAAACCGGAUGGUCUGAGCCAUUUUUGUUAUCAAUUGAUAUGCCAGAACUUGUUGAAAAUGAUUUCGAAAGACUUGGUGGUAUUCCUGGUAAAAAUGGUACAUAUUUGACCGCAGGUGACAAUGUUGGAAAAUUAACCGAAAAAGCUGCAGAGGAAUUGGGAUUAUCGACUGAAUGUAUUGUUGGUUCUCCAGUCAUUGACGCUUACGCUGGUUGGGUCGGAACAGUCGCCGCCAAGGCCGAUGUUCCAGCCUUGCUUGACGAGAGAACCGAUGGUACGAUUGGUGACUCUUGUGGUAGAUUAGCUGCCGUUGCCGGUACCUCGACUUGUCAUAUUGCCAUGACCAAAGAGCCAUGCUUUGUUAAAGGUGUUUGGGGUCCAUACAAAAAUGUCAUGGCUGAAGGUUACUGGUUAGCCGAAGGUGGUCAAUCAAUUACUGGUCAAUUGUUGGCACAUGUGUUGAGUAUUCACCCAGCCAAUCAAGAGUUGUUGAGAUUGGCUGACCAAUCAAACAUUUCUAAAUUUGACUAUUUGAACUCUACAUUGGAGCAUAUGGUUAGGGACAAAAAGGAGAGGUCGGUUGUAUCCCUUGCCAAGCACUUGUUCUUUUAUGGUGAUUUCCACGGAAACAGGUCCCCAAUAGCUGAUCCAAACAUGAAGGCCAGUAUAAUUGGUGAGUCAUUGGAUAAUUCACUUGGUGAUCUUGCAAUUAACUAUUUCGGUGCUUGUGAGUUUAUUGCACAGCAAACGAGACAGAUUGUUGAGCAUAUGGAAGAAGCAGGUCACAAGAUCUAUUGUAUCUUUAUGAGUGGUGGCCAGUGCCGUAAUGGAUUGUUGAUGAGAUUAUUGGCUGACUGUACUGGUUUACCAAUUGUUAUUCCAAGAUAUAUUGAUGCUGCAGUCGUGUUUGGUUCAGCUAUCCUUGGUGCUGUUGCUAGUGCAGAUUCUGUUGAAGAGUACAGUCAAGACCGUGAAAACUGUAGCAGAUCAAAAGUGUUGAAGAAAAAGUCUGAGUUGAAUUUGCAAAAUGCUGGCGCAGAGAGUGGCGAUAUAAUUCCACCAUCGCCAUAUACUGCACCAACUGCAACUUCGGCAAUCGACUUGGCCAGAAUUGCAUACUCACACCAACAUUCCGGUUUACAAGGCGGCGAUGGCAAUGUUGAUUACUUUAACCAGCCUGUUCAACAACAAAAACAAUCUGCAGUAGAAAGCGAGGAUGAUUCAGAAGAUGAAGGAAAAUUGUCUUUUGGCUCCAAGCAAGACACGCAAAAGAGUUUGUCCAAGAAGUUGGCUAGUAUGGGAAUCAAACCAUUGUCAAGUACAAAGAAACCUAGUGAAUUGGACAAGAGUAAUCCCGGUGCCUUGUUGUGGAAAACCAUGACACAAAUGACUGGACCAGGUAAGGUUAUCAAUCCUAGACCCAAGAAUGAUCCAGACAGAAAAUUGUUGGAUGGUAAGUACAAGAUUUUCUUGGAGCAAUGUUAUAGUCAGCGGAAAUAUAGACAAAUGGUUGACGAAAUUGAAGCCGAGAAUUUGAAAGCCGGAAAUGUUACAGCAGCUUAA